AUGUCUCAGAGUUCUCCCUCAAAGAAAUCUUCUCCUUCCUCUGAAACCGCAUCAGGUUCUAGGGCACCCAAUGUUGUGAGUGAUCAAGAUGUUGUGUUGGAUGUUGUGCCAUUGAACUUUGUUCCUGCUACCGAUCCUGUUCGUAGUUUACCAAGAAAGAUGCAUGCAAGAAAAUCAACUAGUGGAUCUGUUCCUGAAACCUUUUCUGUUCAAGGUAGAGAGGGUUCUGCUUAUGUUCACAAUGCGAUUGCAGGUAUUGUCACAAGAAUCUUGAAUGAAGGGCACAAGGUUGAUGGAAUAUCUGUUCCUCUAGCCCAGAUGUCUGCCUCUGAGAACAGCAAAGAUGAUCAAGAUGGUCAAGAUGAUGCUAGCAAAGAUCAGGGUGAUGUUGAGACUUCUGUUGAUAACAAUGAUGAGAAGACCCCAGGUGCCAAAGAUGUUGAGACAUCUGAAGCUAUCAAUGUUGAAACAUCUGGUACUAAAGAUGCUGAGAUUCUUGAACCUGAGAAAGCUGAAGAGGUUCCUGUUGCUCCUUCUAAAGAAACCCCUAAUGAAGGUCCUACUGUGCAUGAUGUGGUGAAUCUGGAUGAUCUGGAUGAUUCUAUUGACAUUGCUGAUGAUGAGCUCAUCUCUAGCAUCUCUCAUAGAGUCAAGACUCGUAAGGGCAAACAGGAUUGUGAUCAAGAUUUCUCCAAACCUCAGGUGACUCCUAAAAAGAAGGUCACUAUAAAGAAGGUCAAGAAGGUCCUUGCUGAACCUUCAACCACUGGGAGCAAGGUUGUUGUGAAGAAGAGGAAGGAAAGAAGUGUUUCUGUCCCUGAAGACGAUGUCUUAAGUGAUGAAUUUAUUGUGAAUUUGUCUCAAGAUUGUGGUGAUGGAACAACUGAUGAUUUUCAUAAGGUGUAUGUUAGAAGAAAGUGUAUAGAUUUUUCCCCUACUGUUAUCAUCCUAUAUCUAGGUAGAGAUGCUGAGGCUCAACCUGAGCUUGAAGUGACUGAUAAUGAGGUAUGCAAGGUAAUCACUGGUGGUAAGGUUAAGAAGUGGCCCAUAAAGAGCAAACUGUCUGCUAGUUCUCUUAAUGUUAGGUAUGCAUUGCUGCACAAAAUUGGUGCUGCUAACUGGGUGCCUACCAACCACACUUCUACCAUUGCUGUUGGCCUAGGAAGAUUCAUAUAUGCUGUGGGAACCAAGACAAAAUUUGACUAUGGGACUUACAUAUUUGAUCAAACUAUGAGGCAUGUUGGUACCUCUGCUACCAAGCUUCCCAUUGCCUUCCCAUCUCUGAUAUGUGGGAUAAUCCUCAAGCAACACCCUGAAAUUCUGAAAAGUAAAGAUUCUGUAUGUAAGAGGGAGAGUGCUUUGUCUUUUCACUACAAGCUGCUGCAGAGGUCUGAUGACAUGACAUCCGCUGGGACAUCACAACCCAGCAAGUCUGUGAACAAAGCUCUUCUUAUUGCUGAGCUGAAAAAGACUUGUCAAGAGUUGGACAACAGGAAGCUGAAACUUGAAAAGCUCAUCCAGAGUCUUGAGCAGUCCACAGAUGAUGACCUUGCUGGUGAAAAGGAUGGUGACAAUAUGGAUGAAGACAAAGGUGCUGAGGAAGAGGCUGAGGAAGAGGCUGAGGAUGCUGAGGCUGAGGGUGCUGAAAGUGGGAGUAGUGAUGCUGCUGAAGAGACUAGUAGCUCAAGUGAUGACAAUCCUGGUGGCUCUAGUGAUGAAGACAGUGAUGGGUCUGAUGAUUAG